GUGUGCCCAACUAGAAGCUGCUGUAAACCACAAAAGCCAAAGCCAUCGACGCCAUUUUCAAAGAAAGAUUUUUAUAUCUUUAAUAAUUAGUCGAAAAAAAGUAACAAAAAUAAUAAAUUUAAUUAUUCAUAUUAAAAACAAAUACAAACAUAAUUUUUCAUAUAUAUUUUUAAUUGUAGUAACUAAAGUAUUACGUUGAAUAGCUGUGUUAAUUAUUAUCAUUAUUUUUUUUAAUUAAUUUAAUUUUUUUUUUUUUUUUUUUUUUAUUUUCUAUUAUUCGUCUAAUUUGACUGGGAUAUAUAAAAGUCAGCGUUGAUGAUUGGAAUUCCGCGUGACGACCGGCACAAGAUCACGGUUAAAAUCCGUAAUAAUAUGAAGCGGAGUCCGAGUCGAGAUUCACCACCUCCCCGUGUAAAACGGAGCAGAUCAUCCGUUGGACGGUAUGAUGAAUCAAGUGACGAAAGGAUAACACCAGAUAGAAUGCGUCGUCGUAGUCGUGGUGCAAGAAGUCCAAGUCCAUUACCUCGUGCAUCAUCACAUGCACGUUAUGUUGAAUCUGGUUCUCAUAGAGAAGAAUAUUUACGUGCACCACCACGUGAAAUACCACCAGAACGUCAAUAUAAUUAUAAAGUAUUGUGUGUUAGUUCAAUACAUCCAAAAGCAAGUGAUGAAAUAAUAAAAGAUACAUUAUAUCGUGAAUAUAAAAAAUUUGGUGAAUUUUCAAUAAGAAUAUCACAUGAACUUGAAGAAAGAAUAGCAUUUAUAUGUUUUCGUAGUUCAGAAGAUGCACGUGAUGCAAAACAUGCUAAACCACGUGUUGUUAUUUAUGAUAAAUUAUCAAUUGUUGAGCCAGUAUAUGAACGUCCAGAAACAUAUAGACGUCCAAGAUCAGUAACACCACCAGAAUAUGAUCGUUAUUAUGCAAGAUCACCUGGUCCAGAAAGAGCUCAUCGUCCAAUGGAACGUUAUGAACGUGUUUAUGGACCACCAGUUGGUAUACCACCACAUGGACGUGAAAUGAGACGUGAAGUUAUACCACCACCACAUCAUGAAUUUGUACGUCCACCAAUGCAUCAUGGACCACAUCAUCCUGGACCACAUCAUCCAGGAGGACCACCACAUCAUUAUGGUCCACCACGUCAUAUGAUGAUACGUCAUCCAGCUCAUGCAACAUUUGAACGUAUUGAAAAUAAAAAAGAUAAAUUUCCAAAUUAUUUACAUCAUGUACAACCAGAAGAUGAUCCAUUAGCAACACGUACAUUAUUUGCUGGUAAUUUAGAAAUAAAUAUUGGUGAAGAAGAAUUAAGACGUAUAUUUAGUAAAUAUGGUAUUGUUGAUGAUAUUGAUAUUAAACGUCCACCACCAGGUACUGGUAAUGCAUAUGCAUUUGUUAGAUUUCAAACACUUGAUAUGGCACAUAGAUGUAAAGUUGAAUUAUCAGGACAAUAUAUUGGUAAAUUUCAAUGUAAAAUUGGUUAUGGUAAAGCAACACCAACAACAAGAAUAUGGGUUGGUGGUUUAGGUCCUUGGACAUCUGUACCACAACUUGAACGUGAAUUUGAUCGUUUUGGUGCAAUUAAAAAAAUUGAUUAUAUCAAAGGUGAUAGUAAUGGUUAUAUAUUAUAUGAUUCAAUUGAUGCUGCACAAGCUGCUGUUAAAGAAAUGCGUGGUUUUCCACUUGGUGGUGCUGAGCGUAGAUUAAGAGUUGAUUUUGCUGAUGUUACACCUGGUUUUGGUUUUAAACCACGUCCAUUUUCAGAAGAAAAUCCACCAGCUGAAUUUCGUCCAAGACCAACUGCUGAAUAUGAACCACCAUAUGAACCAUAUCCAACUGAACCACCAGAAUUUAGUGGCUAUGUACCAAGAGGUUUUAGAGGUAGAGGUGGUUCUGGACCAUGGCAUGAUCGUCGUGGUGGUGGUAGAGGUGGUGGUGGACCGUAUGGUCGUGGUGGUGGUGGUGGUGCAUAUCCAGAUAAUUAUGUUAGAGAUGAACCUGAUUGGCCAACAAGAAGACCACCACCUGAAAUUGAAUAUGAACCACCAACAAGAACAGUACGUAGAUCAGUAUCACGUGAACCAGGUGUUGAUCGUUCACGUUCACGUUCACCACGUAGACGACCAAUUGAUUCUGAUUCUGAUUCUGAAACAGCAAGAACUGGUAUAUUAACAACAUCAAGAACAUUACCAGAAGUUGCUAGAAAAUCAAUUGCUGUUUGGCAAGGUGCAUUGAUACUUAAAAAUUCAUUAUUCCCAGCUAAAUUUCAUUUAACUGAUGGUGAUACUGAUAUUAUUGAAGCACUUAUGAAAGAUGAAGAUGGUAAACAUAUGUUAAGAAUAACACAAAGAUUACGUCUUGAUCAGCCAAAACUUGAUGAUGUAUCAAAAAGAAUUCAAACAUCAAGUUCACAUGCAAUAUUUUUGGGUUUAGCUGGUUCAAGUGCUGCAAUUACAAAUGACGAUGCAAAUGUACAAACAAGACCUUUAAGAAAUCUUGUAUCAUAUUUAAAACAAAAAGAAGCUGCUGGUGUUAUAUCAUUAUUAAAUAAGGACACCGAGGGUACUGGAGUACUAUAUGCAUUUCCACCAUGUGCAUUUUCAACUGAGCUAUUAAAAAGAACUUGUCCGAGUUUAAGUGAAGAAGGUCUCAAGGAGGAUCAUUUGGUAAUUGUUGUUGUUAAAGGUGGUAGUGCCUAAACUUCCCUCUCUGACGACAUAUGAUAAAUUAUAUAUUUUACUUUCAUUAUUAUUAUUAUUUUUUUUUUAUAUAUAACAAUCAUUUUUUUUUUUAUAUAGUGUUUAUACUCGACUUUGUCUCGAUGCAUACACACAUUAUUUAAUUUUUUUUUUUUUUUUUUUUAAAUCAAAAAACACUGCUUCUUCCCCAUUUUUCCUGUCACUUUAAAAAUAUUUUUGUCUAUGUUAUCUGACAGCAACAGUCGUUCAAAGAAAAAGAAGAAAAAAAAAAUAUUAUUUUUCUUUUUUUGUUUUUCUUUUUAUCAUUAACGACAUUUUUAUUUUUUCUUUUUUAUUUGUUCAGUGAUUAAAAAUACUCAGCACUAUUUUCAUUGGCACAAAUCAUUUUCACAUAUUUAUAUCGUUAAACAAUCAUGCAAUAAUUAAUAACAAUUUUCUUUGAAAAAAAAAUUGUUAUAAUUAAUUUUAAUAACAAAAUAGUGCUGAGUUGGAUAAUCCUGUAACUAAAUGUUACCAUCUUUGUGUAAAAGGUCAGAUAUAAAAAAGAAAAAAGUACCUGGUGAAGCUUUGUUUGCAUUAAAAAAAAAAAAGUAAAUUUAAUUGACUUAUUGAUAAAACAAAUUAAAAUUGACUCAAGUAUCUUAAAUUAAUUGAUAUAACAAGGCUUCACCCGAAACAAAUUGACAAUUAAAUAUAUUAUCAACCAGCUUAAUCAACAUUGAUAAAUAAUAAUGAUUCUUUUUUUUAUUAUCUUCUUCUCGCGAUAACGUUUUUUUAUCAGAAGAUUAAUGUGUGAUGUAAGUUGAGUGAUUGUGUUUAUAAAUGAGAAAAAAAAAAAACAAAUUAACAUAUUGUUCAAAGACCCACGUGAAAAAUAAAAGUUUUAGUUUUAUAAUUGUCAAAUUGUGAAAUAAAAAAAAUAUACUUAUAUGAAAAAAAAAAUAACAGAUAUGAAAUUCGCGAGCAAAAUUAUAUAAAUUUUUUUAUUUUGCGUUAGUUUUUUUUUCAAAUUAUGUGGGUCCAGUGGUGGUGAAUGUUUCAAGUUAAUUAGAUAAAAAAAAAAAGUUUGUGACACAAGAAAAAUAGUUUAGUUUUGGUUUAUAAUUAAAAAAAAAAAAUAAUUAAAAUAACAAAAAAAAUAAUCAUGUUUUUACUAAUCAGUUUAGAAAAAAAUGAAAAUUUAAAAAGCAAAAAGAAAAAAAAAAUAUGAUAAAUAACACAAAAUAGUAAUGAUGAUAAAUAUGAUUGUGAAAAUUGUCAUUAUUUUGGUGGUAAAUAAAAUUAAUAUUAAUGAUUUUAAUAAAAACAGUGACAACGUCAAUCAAAUAUUAUGAAUAAAAUCAUAAAUUACUGAUUAAAAUAGAGAAACAAAAUGACCACAAAAAAAAAAAUGAAAAAUUUAAAAUGAAAAAAUAAAUUGU